AUGGGAGAGAACUCGAGUUCCGAUGGGAGGAGAAAUGAAUUUAUCAUUGGACACCGCCCGUCUCAAGAAUACAAAGAAGAAGAAGAAGACCACUCCAGAAGGAUUUGUCUCUCUUUUGUGUUCGUUUAUUCUAGCGCCCAAGGCCCAAGGCCCAAGGCCCAAGGCCCAAGGCCCAAGGCCCAAGGCCCAAGGCCCAAGGCCCAAGGCCCAAGGCCCAAGGCCCAAGGCCCAAGGCCCAAGGCCCAAGGCCCAAGGCCCAAGGCCCAAGGCCCAAGGCCCAAGGCCCAAGGCCCAAGGCCCAAGGCCCAAGGCCCAAAGCUCAAGGCCCAAGGCACAAGGCUCAAGGCCCAAGGUCCAAGGCACAAGGCUCAAGGUCCAAGGCACAAGGCUCAAGGCGUUGAAAGGUCGCUUUUUCGAAAUUAA